GAAACGUGGAACUUGUAUCAUAUGUUUAUGUUAAUGCUCGACAAUGAAUUAACAAUAAACAUUUGCCAAAUAACAAAUUGAUUAACAAAUUGAAUUAACUGUGCAAAGUAAUAAUAGUUUCUAAUUCCUACUAUAAAUUAUUAAUAUUUUAGUAAAUAAAAAGUGUUUAUAAAAUGUCAUCAAGAAUAAAUAAAAGUGGUCUUGUAGCAAGGGUUAAUUUUCCCCUCUACACAAUUCAGAUGUUGACUAGCAGGCACAUCCUGGUUGGUGGUGGUGGUGGUGAAUCAAAAACAGGAGUUGCUAAUGGUUUUGAAAUAUUUGAAGUAUCACAUAAUGGAUGGAAUUUCAUUGCUGAAGAAGUAACAAGACACGAGACUGGUCCAAAUGUUGUUAUGAAUUGUGCAACAUAUAAUGAUAAUAAAAAAACAUGGCUUGCAGCUGGACAAGAAAGUCACUGUCAACUUUACAGUGUCACAUCACGUAUUGUGACUCUUGAGAAUGGUGAAGUUCCUAAAGCUACAAAUGCCACCACAACGCCAAAAGAAAAUUUACGACAAAGAAAAAAAAAUGACAAGAAUGAUGAGACAAAUAAUUUAUCAGCUAAUAAAAAUGAUAAACAUAAAAGACUACAGUUAAUUCUUGAACCAUCAACAAGUAUUAAAACUGAUUUUAGUGAUGAUGAAUCACGUCAAAGAAUUGUUAGAAUAAGUCCAAAUGGUAAAUACAUGGCAACUGGUGGAGUUGAUGGUAUUGUACGUUUAUGGAAAUUUCCUGAGUUAACAUUAAUUCAUUGUUUCAAAUUACAUGAUAAAGAAAUUGAUGAUAUUGAUUUUAAUGUUAGCAGUAAAUUUAUAUCAACAAUUGCUAAAGAUGGUAAAGCAUUUAUUUGUGAUAUAGCUAAAUGUAAUAAAUAUAAAGAAUUAACAUGGACAACACCAAGCUCAUCAAAAUAUAUGUAUAAAAGAUUACGUUUUAGAAUAUCAAAUGAUAAAAAAUUAAAUGAACAAAUAUUUAUAUUAUCAAAUGCAACAUUAUCGAAAAAUCCAAGUUAUUUACAACUUUGGGAUAUUGAACAAGGUAUUAUUAUUAAAUCAACAUCAUUUAAAGAAACAUUAUCAGCAUUAGCAGUAUCUGAUGAUGGUAAAUUUGUUGCUGUUGGAACAAUGUUUUCUGGUUCUGUUGAUAUAUUUAUAGCAUUUAGUUUACAAAGGGUACUUCAUGUAUCAAAUGCACAUAGUAUGUUUAUAACUGGUUUAGAAUUUCUUCAUACAAAAAAUCAUGAAUUAAAUGAUAAUAGCCAUUCAAUAAGUGCAGUUACAAGUAAUUGUGAAGCUGCUGUUGUCAGUAUAUCAGUUGAUAAUAGAAUUUGUAUACACAGCAUUCCCCACAGACAUUCAUUGCCAUUUUGGUUGGUCAUUGUUUUUAUAGUGCUAAGUAUUUGUGGUGCAUUUAUAUUUUGCAGCUAUGUUGGCAUAUGACCCGGGUCAAUUGAAAAUACUUUAGUUAAUAGCCAAUUAACUGGCUCGGAAUUUUUUUUUCUUGUGUAAAAAUUCAUUAAAAUCAGCACGAAAAUAUAAAAAAACAAACAAAUUGUAAGUAGAUUAUUAUCAAGACAAUGUGCAUUAAAUGUUUUUUGUUUUUUUUUGAGGCUUCUACGUAAAUAAUUAUCUGUUGAUUGUGUUAGCGUAAUCAAUUUUAUAUUUUAAAUAAUUGUGUAUAGUUAAUUGGAGUUGUACCAGCACAUGUGUUUAUUAUUUAAGUAUAGGUAUAUAUUAUAUAUAAAUACUUGAAUUGUUUGGUUGUUUAUAAGUUCUAUUUAUGAAUGUGAUUGUGGCACAAAUAGAAAAAUAUAAUGGUGAAAUAAUUUUCAUAUUUAUUAUUAUAAUUUUUAAUCAAUUGACAUGAUGCAUCAAAUGUUAGUUCAAUAAUUAUACUGUAAAUUUUGUUGAAAAUGAAAUUAUUUUUAUUUUACCUUAAAGGUAAUUUAAAUUGUAUCAGCGGUAUUGAUUAAAACUGCGUGUGAAGAUUAUUUAAUGUUAAUAAAAAUCACACAAAAAAUUAAUUUAUGUAUAAAAUAAAAAAGUUAAUACAAAGAAUUAAAAAAAAAACA